AUGUAUCACAUCAUCUUCAGUCCGUCACUGCGCCGGCGCGCACCGCCGCCGCCGCCGCCGCGAAGACCUCCUCCUCACUCGACGUCAGUACAAUCCCGCCUAUUCCACACCGCCGUCCCCGCCGCCACCACCCUCAAGCAGCAGCGAGAAGAAGACCCCGCCGCCACGUCCCGCUCCUACGCGGCCCUCCUCCAGCGCAGCGCCGCCGCCUCCGACCCCCGCCUCGCCUCAUCCCUGCACGCGGCGCUCCUCAAACCGGGCCUCCUCGCAGCCGACCAGUUCCUCAGCAACCACCUCCUCAUCGCCUACUUCAAGGCUUUCCGCCGCCACGGCCUCCGCCUGCUCGACGAAAUGCCCCGCCGCAACGCCGUCUCCUGGGCCGCCGCCAUCGCGGGGCUCGCGCAGGGGGGCCGGCCCCGCGACGCCCUCACUCUAUUCCGGCGGAUGCGGCGCGAGGGGUGCCCGCCCAGCGAGCACGCGCUCGUCAGCGCGCUCAACGCCAGCUCCUUCCUCGGCGGCGCGCACGCGCACGCGCGGCAGCUCUACGCCCUCGUCCUCCGGCUCGGGUUCCACUCCAACGUGUUCCUGACGAACGCGUUCCUCACGGCCAUGGUCCGCCACGGGAAGCUCGCCGACGCGGUGCGGCUGUUUGAAUGCGCCUGUCUCCGGGACAUCGUCUCCUGGAACACGCUGCUCGCGGGCUUCGCGCGCCAUUCUCCGUGCGCGCAGAUGUGGAGUCUCUGGCUGAGGAUGGCGAGGCAAGAUGUUGCUGCCGACGGGUUCUCGUUUAGCACCGUGCUCUCCGGGCUGACGGGAAACACAGACAUGGCGGGCGGCUUGCAGGUUCACGGGCAGCUUGUCAAGAGCGGCUUCGGGGACGAUGUCUGCGUCGGCAACUCCCUGGUGGAGAUGUACAUGAAGAACGGGGCGCUGGAGUUUGGCGCCAGAGCCUUCGCCGAGAUGCCUCGGAGAGAUGUCGUGUCGUGGACAGAGAUGGCUGCUGGUUGGCUACACUGCGGCGAGCCGGCUAGGGCCGUCGGAGUCCUCGGUCCCAUGCUGCUGGACGGAAUUGCGCCGAACAACUACACGUUUGCGACGGCAGCCAAUGCCUGCGCAACCCUCACCAGUCUGAGGGAAGGCAGCAAGGUCCACGGGUAUGCCAUCAAACUAGGAGAAAGCUCCGAUGUGGGCGUCAACAAUGCGCUCCUCGACAUGUACGCAAAGUGCGGCUCAGCAAGCAGCGCGCACAAGGUGUUCCGGUCGAUGCGACAGCGGCCUGUCAUAUCCUGGACGGCCAUGAUCAUGGGGUUCUCGCGCAACGGCCAAGCUCGGGAGGCCGUGCAGGUGUUCGACGACAUGGUCUUGGAAGGCGUCGCACCGAACCAAGUCACAUUCCUCUGCGUUCUCUCCGCUUGCAGCCAAGGCGGGUUUGUAGAUGAAGCUUGGAUAUACUUCGGCGCCAUGGCAGACAGGUUCGGUGUCAAGCCCGGCGAGGAUCACUAUGCCUGCAUGGUCGAUCUCCUUGGAAAAGCAGGCCAUAUCCAUGAGGCUGAAGAGCUGAUAUCGCGGAUGCCGUUCAGCCCUGGAGUUCUGGUCUGGCAGGCGUUGCUCAGUGCUUGUCAGCUCCAUGGUGAUGAGGCCGCAGCGAAGCGAGCUGCAGAGCGUGCGCUCGCGCUCGAGAAGGAAGAUCCCUCAACAUACAUGUUGUUGUCCAGGACGCUUGCAGGUAGGCACAACUGGGACGGUGCUGGAAGGUUGAGAGGGCUCAUGGGGGACAGAGAUGUCAUGAAGCUACCUGGGUCUACCUGGUUAGAGUCCAUGCCAGAGAGUAAUCAGGCCUGUACAGCGUGAACCGUUGUGGAAAAUACACACCUUUUCAAUAUGGAAGCACCUGGCUUGUUUUUUUUUUUUUUUGGCUUGAAAGGCUUCAUACUACAAAGGAAGUAGGUACUUCAAUUAUCCGAGACUGCUUGGAUGGAAGUAGAUGGAGCUUUACUGGAUGGACUUGUGCAUUAUCCAACAGGCUGAGGUGGUGCUUAUGGGACGUAGACGACGGCAGAGGAGAUGGCAGAGGGGCAGCAUUCACACUGUUUCUGUCAUGUGUGUAUGCAUUUUCUUCAUCAUUCAGUGCAUCAUUCAUAAUUGCACAUAUAUACAAUGAAUAAUGUGAUCAUUUUUCUCUGUACGGUAAAGAAAUCUAUGCGGCGCUGACCACAUGCUGAAACUUUUAUUGCAUGGCACCUUAGGAAAUUACACAUUCUACUUUUUUUUUGUAUCUGCUUCCAAGAGGUUUAGUCUAGUGCGCACUUGUUCCUUA